ACAUCUGAACAUAAUAUUAAAAAGAAUAAUUUGAAAUCUGAUCGAAUUAUUUAUACCUAGACACCUCCAAUGUUUUUAAAAAAUAGCUAUUUUUACCCCUGAUUCUAAAAAGUUACACUUAUGUCCAAAAAUUUACUUACGAAGAAGAUUUUCUAUAAUUUAAGUAAAAGCCCAAUAAAAGUAGAACAAUUAAUUGGGCAGCAAGCCCAUUUGUGAGCGCAGGGUGGGUCAAUAAUUAUUCUCCAACAACUAAUUAGAUGAUCAAUUGUGACAUUACAUUAUUACACGCUGUCCCCACAUUAAACAUCUAAUUACAUGCUUAAGAGACUUCAUUUGUUGGUUGAGAAAACUUCGAUUGGCCAGGGAUAAUUUAUUUCGUAUGUCUAAUAUAUUUUCAAACAAAGAUUAAUAACUUUUAAACAGUAAUAACUAUUUCGUUAUUGUAUCAUAGUUAUGAAAAAACAGACCCGAUUUGUGCUAGACUGUAGUGCUACCCACGCCGUUUUGCUUUUUCUAUUACUUUUUAUGUCUAAAUCUAGAAUAUAGAUUUUGCAGAGGGGACCACACAUGAUUUCGCUGACUUGGAUUACAUUAAUAAAUAGAUAGAUAAAUAUUAUAUUUGUGAAACUAAGCAAUAGAUAAAAACUUCCCACAAUAAUAUUGUAAUGGAGUCCUUCCUAUACAUGGACCGAUAAAUUCACAUUAUAAAUAUCAUUCUGUGUAUGAACUCUACAGCAUCGUUGAGCUUAUAAUUAAUUAAUUUCAGGUGUUUUUUUUUUUGCAUUUAUAUAAUUCCAAUGGAUUAUGGUUCUGAUAUUUCGAGGAUAGUGUUCAAUGCCCCUUCAUAUGGAUUUGGUGCUUCAAAUGGGAUUUCAAGAGAUGGGUUGGUCUCACCACAAUCAUUGGUUUUGGAUACUGAGAUGCGAGAACUAGUGAAGUCACCUCCAAUGGUUGGAAAGAAAAAAAUUUGUGAUGCCAACAAAACUUUAGUGGCUUUGAAGAAUCAUAGGGAAGCAGAGAGGAGGAGAAGGAAUAGAAUUAGUGAUCAUCUUGCAAAACUUCGUGGACUUGUUCCAUACUCCGCAAAGAUGGACAAAGCAACCUUACUAGCUGAAGUUAUUAAGCAAGUGAAGGAAUUAAAAAAAAACACAGAGGAAUCAAGCAAAGGUUAUCUAAUCCCAAUGGAUAAUGAUGAAGUUAAAGUUGAAAUUGAACCAUAUGAAAAUGGUGGAUUAAAUGGAUCAAUUCCCUAUAAAGCAUCUAUUUGUUGUGAUUAUCGACCAGAGCUUUUAUCUGAUCUUAAACAAACUCUUGAUACACUUAAAGUACAAUUGGUAAGGGCAGAAUUGUCAACAUUGGGAGAUAGAGUGAAAAAUGAAUUUGUCUACACAUGUUGCAAAGCUGACAUUUACAAUGUUGAGUUAUGUCAAAUUAUUGCAAGUAAUGUUCACCAGGCACUUAGUUCUGUGUUGGAUAAGGGUUCUACUUCAUUGGAUUAUUCAUUAAGAGUAUCACAUUCUUUCAAUCAGCUGCAGCACCAGACAUCUACUUUGUCAUGUAACCAUGAAUUUUGUUCAUGUUGAUGCUACACAUUUUGGUUUAUUAAUUUAUUCUGCUGUUUUUAUUAUUUUAUUUUAUCUCAUUCACGAUUUUGGGAUCAAAAUCGUAAAUAAUACAAAAUAGAGGGUCCAACAUUGCAUUGCAUUUAAGUGUAAGUUAUAAAUAAUAGUUUUUUUGUUGUUGUUAUUGACUGUGUUGAUAGCAGAAUUGUUUUUUAUUUCUGCAGGAAAAUAUUUAACUGAAGUUAGUUGUAAAUCUGUUAUCAUUCGGUAACAUUUACAUUUUAAUCCUAAGUUUCUGUUGUACUGUGGCUACAGAAUAAUAAUGCUAUUGUUUAGCUUAUAAAUAUUUUUGUAUUUGAGAGGAUCCAAUUCCAUUCGAAUUUCA